AUGGAGGUUGCGGGGAUCUUUCUGGGGCCGAUCAUUCAGGCGCUGCUUGACAAGUUGGUCUCUCCGGCGGUGUCAAACUAUGCCCGUCGUGAGGGAAUGGAUGCUCAGUUGAAGAAGCUGGAGAAAAUGGUGCCAGCUAUUCGUGCUGUUCUGGCUAACGCAGAGGACAAGCAAUUGGAAAAUGAUGCUGCUGUCAAAUUGUGGAUGGACGAUCUCACCGACUUGGCUUACGAUUUGGAUGAUUUGCUGGACGACUUCGCCACUCAAACUUUGGGACGAGAGCUGAUCAAGCCACAAUCUCAUGCUAGCACCAGUACAACUAGUAAGGUACGACAACUCAACCCUGUCAAGCUUUAUUAUAAUAUGAGGUCCAAAAAAGAUAUGAGGUCUAAGGUAAAGGACAUCACUAAAAGAUUUGAAGAUAUUAAAAUACGAAAGAAUUUCCUCAAUUUGAAAGAGAAUGCUGAAGGGAUUGGGUCCAAGACAAUAAGAGAAGGUCGUGAAACGUCUUCUUUGGUCUACAAAUCUGAAGUUUAUGGCAGAGAACAAGAUCGAGAGGCUAUAGUUGAGGAGUUGUUGAGGGAUGAAGUUAGUGCUGACAAUGUCUCCGUCAUUCCCAUUGUGGGCAUGGGAGGUAUUGGUAAGACAACUCUUGCUCAGCUCCUCUAUAAUCAUGAACGUGUAGAGGGUCAUUUUGAUCUCAAGGCAUGGGCAAUUCUUCAGGAAGUCACUUCAGGAACUCACGAUUCCAUGUACCUGAAUAUGCUUCAACAGAAACUGAAGGAGAACUUGUCAGGGAAGAAGUUUCUUCUUGUUUUGGAUGAUGUUUGGAACGACAAGUAUGAUGACUGGAAGCUCCCGAGACUUCCUCUCGAGGUCGGGGCACCUGGGAGCAAAAUUAUUGUCACAACCCGCAAUGAAACCGUUGUUAGAAAUUAA